CCAGGUUGCAGAGUGCAUGCGGCCACUUCAAGAUGUGGGUCUGGAUUUGUGCUGAAAACCACUAUGGCCUUUUAAAGCCAGUGAGGAGGUUUUCUGGGGGCCCAGAAGCCCUGAACCCAUUGGCCAGACCUCCUGGGAGAACCGGAGCAGAUUUGCAUUAAAAAGAACACUGGCUUCAUUAAAAUUCUCCUCAUUUUGAGUCCAACAAAACCACAAAGAAAAGGAAAGUUUUAAUUCUGAGCAACUUCACCACUGAGGAGCAUUCUUUUUUUUUUUUUUUUUUUUGACCUUCUAAAAAUAGAGAGGAAAUGAGCCUCUUUGGGUCACUCUAGUCGCCGCCUCUCCCUGCCCCAUGCCCGCCCCCACUGCCCACUCAAGGCCAGCCUCUCACAGUGGGUGAUUGAGCUCUCUUCAGUGGAAGCCUGAGGCAGAUGCCACGCAAUUCUGGAGCUGGAUACGGCUGCCCCCACAGGGACCCCAGCAUGCUGGACAGCAGAGAGACCCCACAGGAGAGCCGGCAGGACACAAGUGUGGGGACCUCCCAAGAAAAAUCGAAAACCAGGGCCUUCCACCAACCCAGCUCGCUGACUGACGGGCAGCCGCUCUCCAAAGAGUCCCUGAACCAUGCUCUCGAGUUUUCCGUGCCAGAGAAGGUACACAAGGCCCACUGGGAUGCUCCAGGCCUUUCUAGAUGGAGCACAAAGCCCAGCUGGAGAAGGGUAGCAGCAUCGAGGCCACAGAGAAGGGAGGGCACGGGGCAAGCACCUGUACCUGCUGAGGCGAGACGGCUGGAGAAGCAGGGCUGGCUUCACACCCCUCCUAGGAAACUCCACACCCCCUGCGGAGCUUUUGUGGUUCGGAAGCUAGAGGAGGCGCUGUGGACGACUCGGGCUGAUGGGCACGUGCGCCUGCGCGUAGACCCCAGCUGCCCACAGUUUCCCUACACCGUGCAUCGGAUGUUCUACGAAGCCUUGGACAAGUACGGGGACCUCAAUGCUCUAGGCUUCAAGCACCAGGACAAGUGGGAGCACAUCUCCUACUCCCAGUACUACCUGCUCGCCCGCAGAGCCGCCAAGGGCUUCCUGAAGCUCGGCCUGGAGCGGGCCCACAGUGUGGCCAUCCUCGGCUUCAACUCCCCGGAGUGGUUCUUCUCAGCAGUGGGCACAGUAUUCGCUGGCGGCAUCAUCACUGGCAUCUACACCACCAGCUCCCCCGAGGCGUGCCAGUACAUCGCCCAUGACUGCCGCGCCAACGUCAUUGUGGUGGACACGCAGAAGCAGCUGGAAAAGAUCCUGAAGAUCUGGAAACAGUUGCCACAUCUAAAGGCAGUCGUGAUAUACAAAGAACCUCCUCCAAACAAGAUGACCAAUGUGUACACGAUGGAGGAAUUCAUGGAGCUGGGGAAUGAAGUGCCUGAGGAAGCCCUGGACGCCAUCAUCGACACCCAGCAGCCCAACCAGUGCUGUGUGCUAGUCUACACAUCAGGCACCACUGGGAACCCCAAGGGCGUGAUGCUGAGUCAAGAUAAUAUCACGUGGACGGCGCGGUACGGGAGCCAGGCUGGCGACAUCCAGCCAGCAGAAGUCCAGCAGGAGGUAGUGGUCAGCUACCUGCCCCUCAGCCACAUUGCUGCCCAGAUCUACGACCUGUGGACGGGCAUUCAGUGGGGGGCCCAGGUCUGCUUUGCCGAACCCGAUGCCCUGAAGGGGAGCCUGGUGAACACACUGCGGGAGGUGGAGCCCACGUCGCACAUGGGGGUGCCCCGGGUGUGGGAGAAGAUCAUGGAGCGCAUCCAGGAGGCAGCGGCUCAGUCUGGCUUCAUCCGGCGCAAGAUGCUGCUGUGGGCCAUGUCGGUGACCUUGGAGCAGAACCUCACCUGCGCUGGCAGCAACCUGAAGCCCUUCACAACCAGACUGGCAGAUUACCUGGUGCUAGCCAAGGUCCGCCAGGCACUGGGCUUUGCCAAGUGUCAGAAGAACUUUUAUGGAGCAGCCCCUAUGACGGCAGAGACACAGCACUUCUUCCUGGGCCUCAACAUCCGCUUGUAUGCGGGCUAUGGCCUCAGUGAGACCUCAGGACCCCACUUCAUGUCCAGCCCCUACAACUACCGGCUGUACAGCUCAGGCAAGGUGGUGCCUGGCUGUCGGGUGAAGCUGGUGAACCAGGAUGCAGAGGGCAUUGGUGAGAUCUGCCUGUGGGGCCGCACCAUCUUCAUGGGCUACCUGAACAUGGAGGACAAGACAUGUGAAGCCAUCGAUGAGGAAGGCUGGCUGCACACGGGCGACGCUGGCCGCCUGGAUGCAGACGGCUUCCUCUAUAUCACUGGGCGCCUCAAAGAAUUAAUCAUCACAGCUGGUGGGGAGAAUGUACCCCCUUUGCCCAUCGAGGAGGCCGUGAAGAUGGAGCUGCCCAUCAUCAGCAACGCCAUGUUGAUUGGGGACCAGAGAAAGUUCCUGUCCAUGCUGCUCACCUUGAAGUGCACUCUGGACCCAGACACCUCUGACCCGACUGAUAAUCUGACCGAACAAGCUGUGGAGUUCUGCCAGCGGGUGGGCAGCAGAGCCACCACAGUAUCAGAGAUCGUGGGGAAGAAGGAUGAGGCCGUGUACCAGGCCAUCGAAGAGGGGAUCCGGAGGGUCAACAUAAACGCGGCGGCCCGGCCCUACCACAUCCAGAAGUGGGCGAUUCUUGAGAGAGACUUCUCCAUUUCGGGUGGAGAGCUGGGUCCCACAAUGAAACUGAAACGGCUCACGGUUUUGGAGAAGUACAAAGAUAUCAUUGACUCCUUUUACCAAGAGCAAAAAAUGUAAUCGAGGGCCGUGCUCGCAGUUUCUACAGAAUAGAGGGCAGGCCUUCUGAGCAUCUUCCUGAGCCUCAGGUCUCCUCAGUCUGGGCACAGGCAUUUCUGGCAAAUCUGUUAGAUCUCCAGGUCAGGGCACAGCACUAGCUCUACAUUUACCAGGUCUUAUGCCAGUAAUAGCUGACAAUUCCGAGAAGCUUCACGUGUGGGUAGUUUUAAUUCUGUUUAAGUAUUGCUUUGUGUUCAGGUGACAAAUGAGAUCAGCUCUCCUUCCAGAACGAAAGGGCUGAUCAUUUUUGGCCUUAGUUCCAGGUAGAUUAACAAGCUGCUAGUUCACAUACAAAACAGCCGGCAGCAGGCUGUGGAGCUGGUGGGAGGGAGAUGGCUGAUACUGCUCUUGUGCACCGCAGGGAAAGCAAUCAGUUACAACUCACCUAGCGACCUGACUUCCUCUGGAAUCGCGGUGGACAUUGCCGACCCUGUUAUCCCAUCACCCGGCACUCCUCCGACACACACAUGCCAACUGACUGGAUGCUUAAUAAAACUGCUGCUGCCUGUUUGACCCUAUUUAAUGUGUAAUUUGAAUAUUAAACCUUUUAACAGAACUGUCAACAA